CACUAAAUAAGUCAGACCAACUCAUGUGUCAGCUUGAGUCCUCACUCCCUGCACUCCCACUCUCCCAUCGCAUCACUGCAGCCACCAGUGCUUGUGAGUGUUAGUGUAUGUUGCUGUGUUCCCGCUCUGGAGCUGAGUUGAACUUUUAACCAUUCACCCCUAAGGCCAUAGUGCAGAGCCAGGAGAACACCCAGGUAACCCCACAGCCAUGACGAAUUCGGCGACUAACUUGCGGCUGAAGCUGCCCAUGGCCUGCAUCAUCCUGGAGGUGAUCAUCAUCAUCCUCUUCGGCACUCUGGUGCAGUACGACGAUGAGACAGACGCCAAGCUCUGGCACAAGGAAAUCGCCAAUGGCUCUUCCAACUACGACAACGACUUUUACUACCGCUACCCCAGCUUUCAGGAUGUGCACGUGAUGAUCUUCAUUGGCUUUGGUUUCCUCAUGACGUUCCUGCAACGUUACGGAUUUAGCAGUGUGGGCUUCAACUUCCUCAUUGCGGCCUUUGCUCUGCAGUGGGCCACUCUCAUGCAGGGCUUCGUCCACGGUAUGCACGGGGGCAAGAUCCACGUCGGAAUAGAGAGUAUGAUCAACGCUGACUUCUGCACAGGCUCAGUGCUCAUCUCGUUUGGGGCGGUCCUGGGGAAGACCAGUCCAGUCCAGCUGCUGGUCAUGUCUGUGAUUGAAGUCACCCUGUUUGCAGUCAUCUAG